AUUGGACAGACAAUAAGAACUGUGGCAGGGGGGAAAGAUAUUUACAGGCUGGCGUAAAUAGUCGAUAUCGAAAAUUGUUUGAAUUUAACUAUAUUUGGUCUAAAAUUUACCUUAUUUUUACAAUUCCUAUAAAUUUUGUUCGAUAAAUAAUGUUUGGAGUAUCGAUACUGUAUUAAUAUUACCACAGUAAAAGCCAGAAAAUAGUAAACAAGGCUAUUUCUUCUCACUAUAAUAGCGCACAAUACGGUUCAAUUCAAAUUCUGACAUGGCGACUUCAUCAAAAGAAUUUUACCGCAGAUCUUUGCCUUCUUCGUGCAUCGAUUUCAUUUCAUCCGAAGGCAAAGCUAUUUUCAAAGAAGCCCUAAACGAAGGUUCAAUGGAGUGCUUCUUUAAUUUGGCAGCUCAGUUUAGAACCCAAGAGGAACCAGCAUAUUGUGGUUUAUCAACACUGGUGAUGGUGCUGAAUGCAUUAUCUGUGGACCCUGGUCGGGUAUGGAAGGGACCAUGGCGUUGGUACCAUGAGAACAUGCUGGAUUGUUGUGUACCCCUUGAUGUUGCGCAGACGAAAGGGAUUACUAUGUUUCAUUUCAUGUGCCUUGCCACAUGUAACGGCCUUGACGUCGACAUGGUGCAGGUGUUACCCACGGCAACCAUUGCCGAGUUCCGGAAUGUGGUGAAGUGUGUCACACAGUCCGAUGAACAAGUGCUGGUGUGUUCCUACUCUAGGAAAGUCCUUGGUCAAUCAGGUGAUGGUCAUUUUUCACCAAUAGGUGGUUAUCACUCUGGUAGGGACCUGGUGCUAAUUUUUGAUGUGGCAAGGUUUAAAUAUAACCCUCACUGGAUUACUGUUGAUCUAUUGUGGGAAGCAAUGCAAGGAUUGGACAAGGAAACUGGUCAACCAAGGGGCUACCUGACUAUGCGGCGAACACAACACACAGGCAACCCGACUAUUCUGUUCAAAAUUUCCGACAAUUUCAAGCUGACUAUUUUGCCAGAUAUUAAGCAAGGGGUUGUUGAGAUGUUGCAACAAUGGCAAACAUGGCUUACAACAGAAAGUCGUGAUAUUCACAACAAGGAGCAGUUCCUUGCCAUUCUUGUUUCAGAGUUUUUGAGUUUAUGUUGUUCAGAAUGCUCUCCAGGUCUUGACAAAGUCUUCACCAUAAAAAUCGAUCCAGAUUGUUGCAAAAAUCUUUCGAAGGACCACAAAUGUGCAAUUUGCGAUCUCCUUCAAGCUUUGGAAGAACAACAACUAUUUCAAUUGAUGAAAGAAUCCCUAACCUCUGGUGAACACACAAUCUCCAAAUGUUGGGAUGUGUGCACUGAUCUUGAAAUUGUAAAUGACAAACUGUGCUGCAUGUCUAAUGAUACUGGUAAUGCACAUGAAUUUCCCAGAAUAAAACACAGCCAUUUUGCCACAAUGAUGCUCCUCGCCUGGCCUUAUCCAACGUCACAGACGCAAAACAAGACACAUGCAGAUUUUAGCCUGGAAUAUGUUGCCCAAGAGAUGAAAGGAAUUCCUAAAGUUCUUGAGCAUGAAGUAAAAUUGUUGAAUGCUCAACUUUCAACUAUAUUCAUGUACUAUGAAAGUGUUAACAGUUCUGAUGUUGUAUCGAACAGAAAUAGAACUGGUUGUAAAAGAAAAUAAAUGAAAGCGAAUUUCCUGAUAUCAGUUAGUCUCUGAAUUGUUAAAAUUGCCUGGAAAGACAACACUAAAUUAGUAAAUACUGCAAUUGAAAUGAAACUAAAUCCUAAGCUAAGAGCACCUCCUA